ACUGAUAUCACAUUCAAGGCACUUAUCUGUCAUUCAACACUCGUGUCGAAAGUCUUCGACAUUCAAAACACACGCGUAGACCUGAAUAAUUUGGUAGCAGGAAGGUUAUUUAUUUGCCAGAAGCUUUCACUGGGGGAGUGUACUUUUGUCGCAACGUUGGAAUAUUCUGGUACAAUCACUCGGAAUCUCGUCGGAAAUCGUAAUAUGAUCCUCGGUGCUCUUCGUGUUUAGCGAAGCAGAGCGGAAAUAUGCGAGCUUCAAAGGUCACGAACUUAGAGUUGCUUUCGUUGUCUGUAAAUUCAACCGCUGCUUGAAUCGCCACGGUUUUAGUCUAGAAGCAAUGAAGAGAAAAUAGUAGUGGAUUUAGUUCUUGAGUCUUUACACCGGAAGCCAGUACAGCGUAGGAAUAAUCACAAAAAAACAAGAAACGAUUUAACGAAGAAACCAACUCGCUUGCGGUCGAUUCCGUGUGUUUUUUCUUACCAAGUGUCAGUUUGAGUUUACUAGACUCCCCACUUGGAACCAUGGCAAAUUUAACCAAGAAAGCAAACUGGAAUUUGUCGGUGUUUAUCACUAGCUUGAGCACAGAAAAACCUGUGGAAGUGACAGGACAAACGCAUAUCGGCAAGCUCAUGUUGGAUCUGGUGGAAGGGCUAGAUAUAUCUGCAGAUUGGUCGGAUCAUGGUUUAUGGUGGCCUCAAAGGCGGCAAUGGCUUCUCAAACCACGAAUUACUCUCGAUACAUGUGGGGUGCAAGGCGAUGCAAAACUCCAUUUCACUCCCAUCCACAAAAAAGUUAGAGUACAGCUACCGGACUUGCAAUUUGUGGAAUUAUCCAUGGAUUUUUCUAAGAAAGUUUUCGUAGCUGUUCAAGAAUUGUGUGCAGAACUUGGAAUUCGACACCCUGAAGAACUAUCUCUGAUGAAACCAAACAAUAAAUUGAAAAAGGAUGCUCGAAGAAGUAUGAAAGGGAAAAAGAAACGACACUCUGGAUCAGGGUCUCAAAGUUCUGAUGACAAUCUCUCGCAAAAUAGCGACGAUCGGCAGUGUGGCAGCAAAGAUAGCCUUACGAUUCCUAGACACGGUGGUUAUGCCUCGAAUGGCAGUAUUUCCCCGGGUUCCGCUUCCCCCGGUUCGCCCGCUUACUCAAAUUUCGGUCCUGAAGGGCCAUUUUCUACGCUAGAGAACACGAAUUUAAACCAGAGUCCUCUAACGCCGUCCCAGGAAGCUUUAAACACGUUAUGCAAACCGAAAUCGAUCCAAGAAAAAGCCUAUUUGAAUUCCGGGUGGCUAGACUCUUCAAGAUCACUAAUGGAACAGGAAGUCCAAGAGUUUGACACAAUCUAUCUGCGAUAUAAAUACUACACCUUUUUCGACCUUAAUCCAAAGGUGGAUGAGAUCAGGAUCAACCAGCUGUAUGAGCAGGCCAAGUGGUCAAUUCUCACCGAAGAGGUGGAAUGCACCGAGGAGGAAAUGAUGUCCUUUGCUGCUAUCCAGUUCCAAGUGAAAAUACUCUCUGCAUCACCCCAAAGCAACAUCCCAGAGGAUGAUGAUGAUAUUGAUGCUGCUCUUAGUGAUCUGCAGCUCACUCUUGAAGGGUCCUCACACUCAACAACAUCACCGGCAAAAGUGAACAGUCUCAACACUGUCCCUGAGAUCAUGGACUACCUCAACUUGGUCAAACAAAAAGCUUUUGGUAGCAAGAAGAAGAAGUUUUGGUUUGUGUUUCGAGACACCACACUGACAGUAUACAAGAGCCAGGAGGAAGCAUUUGGACAACCAGUACAGCGCAUGAACCUCAGAGGCUGUGAGGUGACCACUGACGUGAAUGUCAGUAAGGACAAGUACCAAAUUAGAAUGAGGUUACAGGAUAACGAGGAGAUUGAACUGGCCUGUUCUACAGAGUCUCAGUAUGCCAAGUGGAUGGCUGCUUGUCGCAUGGCCUCUAAGGGAAAGACAAUGGCGGACAUAUCCUACGAGUCUGAGAAAGCGGGUAUCCAGGCCUUCCUAAGCAUGCAGCACGACAAGGGAGAUGGCACGCCCCUUAGCCCUGGACAGAUCCACAUCCAGCCCGAGGACUUUGUCGGUCAACGCAUGCUAAAGAAGUACAAGCCCAAACAGAUCGCCGCGCGCAUCCUCGAGUCGCACACGGCACUACACAAGGCAUCGCUGGUCGAGUCCAAGAUGAUGUACAUUCGCCAAUGGCAAUCACUGCCUGAGUUUGGCGUCUCGCAUUUCAUCGUGCGCUUCCGAUCAGACAAGCCUAAGAAAGAGGAAAUACUUGGCAUCGCCUUCAAUCGUAUCAUGCGCAUCGACGCGAGCACACGCGAGGCCAUCAAGACGUGGCGCUAUAGUGUGAUGCGCGCGUGGAACGUGAACUGGGAGACGCGCGAGAUGAUCGUGCAGUGCGAAGACGAGAUGAUCGCAUUCAACUGUGUCAGCGCGGACAUCAAGGCUGUGCACGAGUUCAUCGGCGGCUACAUCUUCCUCUCCAUGCGCAAAGACGUCAAUCAACCCCCUAGCGACGAGCUCUUCUACAAGCUGACAGGGGGCUGGGUCUGAGUCACGCACCCUUGUCACGCUAAGAUAUUUCAAUGACAUAUGAUACUGGAUUGAAUUGGUGCGUUGAUUUACAAGCUGACGAAGUACUAGGGUGCGUGACUCCCGUGUCACGCAUUACUUGUGUCACGCGAUAUUAUUCCCGCUCGGGCUGGUGGGAGCUUGUAUAAGCUGACACAAUGUUAAUAACGUUUCAAAAAGAUUGACUCAAUGGAAAACAAUGCCGAUAUGGUUCCAAGUAUAUCAGUAGUGAACACUUCCAGUGAUUGUGUGACUUCCCCCGGGUAAUACAUUGGGAUUGUCACGCAACUUUUUAUAUGCUACAACAACGGCGGAAUGUCAAUAUUCACAAUAAUUCAGUCACGCAAGAGACGUGUUAACGAAACCGGAAGUUCUUUGUAGCUGCCCUGGGUUAUCGCUCCCAGGCUCCAACCAAUAGGCUGCGCGCCCUCCUCUUGGCAUUUGUCCGUCACCCGUUUGGGUUUUCGGUGGUGGGAGAAACUAUGGUUCUUCCCGCCCUCCCAUCGGCAUUUGUUCGUCGGGUCCUCGGUGGUGCGAGAUCCUAUGGUUCUUUCCGCCCUCCCACCAGCAUUACGAAAAGUCUUUAUAGUUUCAAAAGGUAUUAUUUUAUUAAUAAAUUAGCAGAAUACAAGAAAAACAUGAUUAUAAUAAGGCAGGUUAACAAUCUCGUUCAACCAGGAGAUAAAGAAUGUUUGUGAAAUUUUAAUGGGAUAGAAAUUUGAUACAAAAACUGAAAGAAGGCUGAAGGUAAAAUUAGUGUAGCGGGCUGUGAUAAACUUCAAUUCCACACUCCCAUUAGAAGUGGAAAAAAAAAGUUGUUAAAUCCAAGACUUUCUUGUAACAAGUACAAGUUUCUUAUGUAGACGUAAUAUAUUUGAAAUAAAACCACGCCUAUAUAGUGA